AGAGAAGUUACGAGAGCUUGUUGCAAACGUUUUGUAACACUUUGACCUAAUUACUAAGAAAAGUGACACAGGAUACCAAGUCAUUGAUGUCGAAGAAACUGCUGUCAUGUUUCGGAAGGCGUAAAGAUAGGACAAGUAGAGUGAUGGCAUCAGAAUCGAUUCACGCGUAUAGUGCUUUGCCUAACAGCGGAAAUAGGGAAUGUCAACAAAAGCCUUCUCUAGUGUCACAGUUUUCCAAAGAAGUCACCGAUUUUAGUUCCCAGUAUGGCAGUGAGACAAGCAUAUCAUAUACCGCGUGUAAUCUGGCAGGGCGGAGCAACAUCUACCCAACGUACGGAGACUUUACACAAGCUUGUGUAUUUAGAACCUACGGACCCUGGUGGAAUGAAGUACCUUCUUCUAGGAAGAAAUUUAAUAAGAGACAAGCUGAUUUCUGCAGUGAAGAUUUCAUAGAGGUUUCAUUUGACAUUGAAGUGUAUCCCUGUAAACUAGAGAUUUGGGAGACCUACAACCCUGGAGCUGUUGUGAAGAUCGUGGCCUGUGAUAGCUCAAGUGGCUCUGAUGUGGAUUCUGGAAAAGCCAGAUGGCAGACAAUAUGGAAAGGAGAACCGGAGGAAUGUCCUCCUAAGUCCAGGAUAUUUUCACCUCCCCUAACCAACCCUUUCUUCAAAACAAAGUUGAUUAGACUGGAGUUGUGCUCCGUGAAGUGUCAUUACUAUACAGAGCUGGACUGUAUUGUGAUGUAUGGGUCUUUACAGCCAUUCCCAGAUCUUGAGCACUUAUCUCUCAUACAACAAAUGGAGGAAUACAAGAACUACUCUGAGCCAGACAACUAUGUUUACAUGAUUACCUCCCUUAUGAACCAAAUCAGUGUUGAUGCAAGCUCACAAGGGGAGGCACUGGAUGGAAAUUCAACGAUAUAUGAAAAUAAAGAGGGAACAGUUCCUGUCUUGGAGCCUAAAGGGGAGGAGGAGGAGAAAGAGGAGGAGGAGGAGGAGGAGGUGGAGGUGGAAGGAGAUAGGGUAGAGGAGCUUCCUAUUGAUACUACGGCUGUAACACAAGAUGACACCAUUGUAGAGGACAAUGGUUUCUUUGAUUUGUUACCAGAGGAGGUCAUACAGGUAAUUCUCAGUUACCUGGAUUUGUCCUCGUUAAUCAAUACCUGUUGCACAUGCAGGUUACUACAGAAACAAUGCUCAGACUCUCUACAGUACACAGAACUCAACCUUCAGCCCUACUGGUACAAGGUGGACAGCAGUGUGUUGGCGAGUUUCCAGUCGAGGUGUGGACAUCUCCACCACCUCAACCUGUCAUGGUGUGGAGGCCGCAACAAUACAGUGUCCACAGCAGCGUUUGACAAGUUUUUAAGGAUGUGUGGACAGGAGUUGUCUACCCUUUACCUAGCUAACUGUACCUUCGUCAACUCCGAUGUGAUGAAGUGUAUAGCGAACUUCUGCCCCAAACUGAAGGAUUUGGACAUACAGGGUUGUUCCAAGAUAGACGGGACAGAUUUAUUGCAUCUACAGAAAAUACCGAAUCUGACACGCCUCAACUUGUACCGUUCUCUAGUCGACACCAAUAGUCUCGUCUCCCUGAUUAAAGUUUUUAAAAACCUUGAGGCUUUAAAUAUUGGAUCAUGUAUACGAAUCAAUAAUUUUGAUGAAGUGUGCCUUGCUCUUGGAAAGAAUUGCAAGAAACUGGUUUCCGUAGACUUUUGGCGGUCAAAGACAAUCACAGGAGAUGGACUAGUGGCUCUGGCCCAAGGGUGUCCAGAUCUGGAGGAACUGGACAUAGGCUGGUGUCCAGGACUACGCUCAGGCUCCGCAAGUCUGAUCCAACUUGUCCAGACCUGUACAAAGUUAAAGAAACUGUUUUUAACUGCUAACAGGAACGUCUGUGAUGUAGACCUAAUGGCCAUUUCCACCCACUCCCGUCAGCUACAACAGCUGGACAUCCUAGGGACACGAGAGGUGACCAGAGACGCAGUGCUGCGGGUUUUACAGAACUGCCCCAAACUGACCAUGUUCGAUGUGUCUUUCUGUAUGUCUAUUGACUUUUCCUGUGUGGAGGCAUGGAAAAAGGAAUUUCCACACGUUAAUAUCAAGAAAAGUUGUCAACACUAGUCAUAACUGUCUUGUUUCAUCUGUAUGCAUGUAAGGUAGUCAACCCUAGGUGUCAACCCUCCCUCAUGAUUAGGAGGGAUACUCCCUCAUUUUGACCAACAUUUACCAAUCUCCCUCAAAACUUUAGAAUCAAGUCCAAACUCACACAAACUCAAAAUCUACAUCCUGUGGUCACAUGAUCUCCUAGCUACUGCAGUGUGUGUGUAAUGAUCAUAACAGGUGUGUCUGAAUCAAAUGCAUGUUUUUUUGGAAUUAUUUUUAUACAUAGAAAUGGAAAGAUAUAUUGAGCAAAGCAGUUUCAGUCGCGUUUCACACACUUUAUUUCUCAUUGGAAAUGUGGAAUGAUGGGGAUCUUCCUCCUUGGAAGUUUCAGAGGUUGACACCUAUGGUCAACUAGCUGUUUCAAAAGAAUUUUUUUAUGAAACUCGUCUCGUAGUUUUA